AUGGGAUCAGGCCCAGGACUGCCAGUGGCUGCCUCUACAGUAGCUAAAAUUAGACCUACUUCUGACAACAGACAAGAGCUUGUGGAAGCUUCAUAUCUUGAAGGCAGAGAGCAGGCCAGUGCUCAAUCAUCUGUUGAACACUCCAAGUUCUCCCUUAAUUUUAAAGAUGAUAUGGAUAAUGCUGAUGACUUUAUUGCUGCACAUCGAAUGUCAGAUAUGCUGGUCAAAAUAGAUUUGGAUGAGUCUACGUCCAGGAACCAGGCCUCCCUCUUUGGGCCUUUGACAGCAUACACAGGUUCAGUUCCUGGUCGGCCCACUGAAUUAGCAACAGAUCUCUCGUCAGGACUUUUGACAUUCGCUCACAGCGGACGCAGUAAUAGUACAAAUGUAAAGGUUGGACCUCCUUUACAUACAGCAGUAGAAGAAGACAACAGAGAAGAUAGUGAUCGUUUCAGUGGCAGCAACUCAAGCUUUUUGGCAAAUGAAAAGCUGAUGUCUGUGGACAGUAUAAACAGUGAUCUUUCAGAUGAUGACAUUGAUUUGAACAACCUUCCAGAGGAUGAGCUGGAUCAGUACUUUAAUACAUUUAUUCCUCCAGACAUGCAAAGAGGCAGAGUGGAAGGACAAGAGAUUGCUGCUUCUGAUACACCUGGUAUUGGUCAUGAGCUGUCAAGUCCAGGUUUCACUGAGCCUGAUCAAUACAGGCACCAUUUCUCACAUGACUACCAACAGAUGCCGGAUGUGCGCUUAGCUGCGACUGGAAUGGACUCUUGUCCAGCUAGUGAUGAGGAUACAGAAGAUGAACUUGAGGCAGCCCGAAGAAAAGGCACCACCAGGACAAGACUGCUGCCAAGCACAUCACGCCAACUGGUUGGAGAGAGUCACCACACAAGUUUUAGGCCUGGUUUAGAAGGCGGCAGCUCAGAUGAUGAGUCUAGCCGUCGAGGAGGUCCAUCAGUGUCUGGGCUUGAGCACAGGAGAUCAGCUGAGGGACAAGUUAUAAAUCCUCCUAUAACAGGUGAUGGUGGUGAUGGAAGCAGUGGCAGUGAUGAGAGUGGAAAUGAUGGUGGAGUUUCAACUCUGCCUUUACCAGCAGCUCCUGUUCAAACCACAUAUGAUGUUCUCAGAGGACUGGGCAUUGUAGGGGAAGACCAGGCUAGUAACAUGACUGACCUGCAAGGGCUUAUAGGGGAUCGCGUUGGUCCUGUAGGAACUGGGGAAACAAGUUUUUCUUCAGCUAAUGUUCAAAGAGCAGACCCUGUCAAUUGGAGCAUGACUAUGGAUCGACAGGAGGCUCUGGUGGGCUUCCCUCAAGGGGAACCCCAAGAUUCUGAUGAGGGCAUUGAUGAGCCGGAUGGGUGCAGACAGUCUUUGGGUCUAAGAGGAGGACCAUGUGGUAAUGCCUCUGUCGCGGAGCCGUCGGACAGCAUGAGUGAAGAGGAACACAACCCACUCUCCACCUCCCUUGAGCCAAAGUACUUCUCACAGAGUCUACACCAGGAUGAUUCAGACGACAGCUGGACCAACUGUCCUGAAAAUGUGGAGCUAGAGUUUCAGCAAGAGGCCAAAAACACCAACAGUGUGGUGUAUCAGAAUGAACAAGGCCAAUGGGUGACUGACCUUGCCUAUUACUCCUCUUUUGAAAAAGAACAGGCACCAGAAAACUUGCAGGAAUUUCAAAAUGAAUCCUUUGUGGCUCCAGGCCAGGCCUUAGAAAUAAUUGCCAAGGACCAAGAGGAAUUUGAGAAAGAACAUCAAUUCAUUCAGGAGGAGAACAUUGAACCUGCCCCAGCUAAUGCCACCUUUCAGAGUGACUCUUCUUGGAAGCUUCCCAGCAGUAACUACGUCCUCAUGAGGGCUUCCCAGAUGUCUGACUUCUCACAGACGGAUCAGAGCUACCUCCGUCUGUCUUUGGGCCAAUUCUUUGAACAGCGCUCCGAAGCCCUUGGACGACUGAGCCUGAGAGAAAGUCUUGCGGACAUUAAACGACCGUCUUUUGGUUACGUCAUCACUUCUCCCGAAAAGAGAGAGCCUUUUGCAUUGCUCACUCCCACAGAGUUGACAGACACCACUCAUAACGGCACCGUGGAUCUUGAACCAGACAAAACCCUCAACGCAGAAGAUUUGGACAAAACCAUAGAAGCUUCCAAAGAGGCAAUUCAAUCUGAAACCUCCAAGCAACAGAAAACUCUUGACUCUCCAUCUCUUGACCACAGUGAGGACUCUAAUCUGGGAAAUCAACCCAGUGUUUCCCCUGACAGUAACAGUAGUAAUCUGAUGCUCAGUAUUAGUACUAUAGCCUCAGCCAUUGCAGAUGCAUCCAUCAGCACUGAUCCAUCCCAGUUAGCUGGUAUGAUCAUGGAGCUGUCCAAGAGGAAAAAGCCUUGGCCUGAAGUUGGAUCUGUUGGGACAAACACUGCACCACCUGCCGAAUCAGACACUCUCCCUAUUGAGGAGCAGAGCGUCACAAUGGAUUCUCAGCAGAAAAGUGUCUUCGAUAUGGACAAGUAUCUGAGGACUGAUCUCCCUGAAAAACAUGUUGAAUUUACUUGUCCACGUUUGGAGAGCACUACAUCUGCAGAUACAUUAAAAAGCCAGGAACCCGUCGUAGAUGAAAAUCCCUACUUCAGGCCUUCGACAUCACCUCUUACCCACUCCUCUCCAAGCCAAACGUCUUUCCCAAGUGUUGAAAGUAUGACAUCACCGUCCUCAUCCAGAGCAGGGAACUGUGACAAACGCCAGGACUCUUCGCCUCAGUCCAUCUGCUCCAGCCCUGGUCUCAGCAGGCUCACCUAUAUUUCAGUGAAUGAUGGCACUCUGAUGCCCUCACCCGAGAAGAAAAAUGUAGCAAUUGAUAAGAAUGAUCGCACCAUGUCCUUGAGUACAACCAUCAUAAGAUUCAGCCCUACUCCUCCUGUAGAACCUGAUCUCCAGCCAAACAUGGAUUAUCAGCCACAUUCAAAAAGCCUGGAUCCACUCCCUCCUCAGAACUCCAACAGCCCCUGCGGCUCUCGAAGUGGAUCUGUUCUCGGUUGUAGCCGUACCCAAAGCGAAUGCAACUAUCCGAGUAGUGUUUCAGAUAACGUUGGCAAUCAGAAACUCCUCACCAACGCAAACUGUCAACAAGACCUAAUGGGGAAAGCUUACGGUCAGUUCGGGACUGGUGCUUUGGUUGGCGGUCUUGAAGAUUUUAGAGGUCAAGUAAUAGUUCCAGACGAGCUUCGGUUUCCAAAUGCCUGCUGUGUGGGUAUCGCCUCGCAGACGUCGCUCAGUCUAUUUAACCCCUCUGAAAGAUGGCAACAAGUCUCUAUUGUCCUCUCUAGCCUAUCUAUUGACGGUGAGAAGGUUGAUGCCUUGCCUUACCAGUGGCUUAUUGUGAAGAAUAAGACUAUUAUUGGGCCCAAGACGACAGAAGACCAGAAAGUGUUGUUCAUUCCACCUCAACCUGGCGUUUAUCAAUGUGUGCUCAGUGUGUGCUCCUGGCCUGCCUCUGCGGAAGCGGAGAUGGCUGCCAGGGCUAACAUCUUUGCUAAAAGGGUUGUGCUUGUGGCUAUAGCUGAGAAUCCUGCUAUAGAGGUUGAACUGGGUAAGGUUGCAUGCUUGGACUUUGGAGACCUGCCUGUUGGUGGAGCCAAAGCCCUUGCUCUCAAACUGCUGAAUAGGACCCAUGCUACAGUUCCCAUUCGUCUGGUCCUCAGUGCUAAUGCUACUGCCUGGCGAUGCUUCAGUUUAUCUAAAAACCCUGUGACGUCUGAGGCGGCGCAGCAGGCUGGGCACAUCACCACGUUGUCUCCUCCGGCUGUGAUGAAUCAUGUGAUGCAUGCCAGCUAUGGAGAGAAUCCAGAGACUUUUGUGAUUUGGGUUCAUUUCAAGGCUCCCGCAAAGUACUCCUCAUCAAUGGAAGAGCUUGGGCCCCCGGAUGAGUUUGUGGCUCGAGUGGACAUCGAAGUGGAUUCUCCAGGACACACGCACGUGAUCAAAAGCAUUCCUCUGAAGGCCAGGUCUGGAACGGCACGAGUCCAUGCUCCAAAAGAUCUGCAGACUGUCAGCCUCACUGCUCCGUUGGGUAAAUCCAGCCAACAAAUACUGCCAUUAAAGAAUGCAGGAAACAUCGACGUGCAGCUGAAACUCAAGUGCAGUGAGUCUGAUGGUUGCUUCUCAGUCUCCCCAAACGAGCUGUCCCUCAAAGUGGGAGAGGAAAGGACUAUGUUUGUCGUCUUCAAAGCCCAGGAGAGCAGAAAAGCCAAAGAAAGUGUCCUUACCAUUCUGGUGCUGCCGUCUGGCCCCCAGUAUGAGGUGACCCUUAAAGGAGAAAUCACCUCAGACAUCUCUGGGAAACGAGCCAUCUCUUCCUCUGGUGUCCUAGCCCCCGAUUUGGUCAAUGACGUCCCACCAAUCCUUUCCAAUAAACAAUUUGUUGCCUGGGGUGGUGUCACCUUAGGUCGUGCCAUUCAACAGAAGCUGGUCCUAAGAAACAAUUCAAAAACUGAGACUCAACAACUGCGUUUGCUGAUAAGGGGGCAAGACCAAGACUGUUUUCAGCUGCAGAGUAUGUUCAGCCUUGAGGAGCGGUUGACCCGACAUGGGGAGCUGUCCAUUCGCCCCAGAGAAGAUGUGACCGUGCACCUUCUCUUCGCUCCCACCCGGGUCGCCUGCAUGAUGGCCAAACUGGAGAUCAAGCAGUCUGGAGUCCGGCCCUCGCAGCCUGGCAUCAAGUUUACUAUCCCCCUCUCGGGCUACGGUGGCACCAGUAACAUCAUCCUGGAAGACCAACGAAAGCAGGCGGACGGCUACGUGGCCACUCUCACAGAUGUAGCAGUGGGACGUGUCAGUAAAGUGUGUCUGUGUGUGAGAAACACGGGCUCCAGAGCAGCCUUCAUCAAAGCUGUGGCCUUCUUGGACGUCUUCAAACGAGUCACUAUGGAGGCAUCUGUCAUCAGCAUAGCUCCAUCGCAGUUUAUUCUCAAAGAAAGGACUCAAGAGGUCAUUACUAUCCUUCUGAAGUCCACGCCGAGAGAGCUCAGCCUGUGCCAGAUGACUGUUGCACAACUAGCGACUCUGUGCUUGUUCUGUGGGGACGAGGUCUCCCGGCAACAGUACAGGAAAUUACUUCAAAGCAAACCAGACGGCGCACGAAAAGCACUGUCAGAGAACAGCCUUUUGAAAAACAUAGAAUUCGGUGAGAGGUUUCUCGGAGAGGAGCUUGUCACAGAAACCUAUGAUCUGCCGCUGCGACCCAAUGAAGCACACCUGUUUUAUGGGAAUAUGAGCAAAGUGGUGGUGUGUUUGAUGGGCAGCACCAAAGGCCUCGAGUCUGUGGAGAACAGCCACAGCGACGAAUCUCUGCCUUCGUCUGCCAGUGACGGCGGAUUGACAAAUGGCAACGUGUCUCUAGAUGUGCUACCAGUGAAGGGUCCUCAGGGCACAGGCCUCAAAGUACCAGAACCAUCCUUAAAGAGCUCGGAACAGUUACACAAGCCGUCUGAAUCAUGGAGCAUUCAUCCAGAGCAGCUUCUCCUACCUGCUCCCACCAUCAAUGGACCCUCUGCCACCAGCACAGUUCAGAUACGUAACAACUCCCCCAGAGCCUUGAGCUUUGACCUGUCCUGGCCCGCUCACUGUCUCACCAUCACCCCACAACACGGAGUGAUCGAGCCGCAGUGUCACUUGCAAAUCUUGAUCAGCCCAAACCCCUCUCUUGCUAACAAAUCAUCUCUGCUGCCGUGGAGUGGGCAGAUCUACGUCCAGUGCGAUGGUCAGCAGAAGUUCAUUAAGGUUCAGAUUCGGCAAGACUUGGUGUUGGAUGUCUCCACGACGGCAGGAGAGACCAUGCUCUCGGCUCUCCAUCCUCAGGCCGCGACUCCGGUGGUGCAUCUUCCACGAGGUCCCACAAAACCACUGAUGUCUGCGCAGGCCUCUCUAGACCCGGUUAAGAUCAGGAGUAAGACCGUAGUGUUUCCCAUCAGCGCACCAGGAGAGACGUCAGAGGCCCAGCUCGAGGUGGAGAACGGAGACAACGAUAUGAGGUGGUACUUGUCAUCAUUUGCUCCUCCAUACGUCAAGGGGGUUGACACGUCAGGAGAUGUUUAUCGAGCCACCUACACAGCCUUCAGAUGCUCCAAAGUCUCUGGGACUCUGGGCGCCCAUGAGAAGAUGCAGGUGCCAUUCACGUUCCUCCCGAGGGACAGGGGGGACUAUGCACAGUUUUGGGAUCUGGAAUGCCAUCCUGUUUCGGAACCACAGCAAAAAACCAAGAUCCGCUUUCAACUUUGUGGCACUGGUACAACGUCUGAGGGGCCACAAGAACGAGACUUCUCUUUGGCAAAGACUGAACCUACAGUCACACAAAAAAUAAAAGUUGAACCAACUGUAACCAAGCCCAGAGCGGAGGAGGCUGUGCGCAAGGGUGUGUAUUCUCCCCAGAAUCUGUACACGUUUCCAGCCACACGGGUCGGCGAGUCCAGCGCUCUGAAGGUCAACAUCCGAAACAACUCUGCCGACACGCACGAGCUGAAAUUUGUAAGCCCUAGGGAGCCCUUCUACAUCAAGCAUUGCCAAUACUCCCUGAGAGCUCAGCAUUAUUUGAAGCUGCCGGUUCAAUUCAAGCCCAGUUCUUCAGGCAGCCAAGCCGCCGUGCUGCUCAUCCAGUCCGACAGCAGUGGAAGUCUUGUUAUUCAUCUGAACGACUGGGCGCAGUACCCCCCGUGCCCUGCAGAUGUCGCCAAAGCUCCGCUGCACAUCGUGAGCUUCAUCCCAUACAGUAAUGCAGCUGGCGGCUCCCUCACACCGCUGUAG